AUGUGUUCAAAAGAAACCGUUUUAUCUGUCGAGGAGAAUGAGGAAAAAUAUGGAUGCCUUAUCAUUAAUAAUUUUUCGCCGUUUUUACCUCCUUUUGUGUGCGCGCGUGUUUCUCUCAUUUUCUUUUUUUUUAUUUAUUUAACAAAUAUUACUGAUAAGUUAAAAAUAUCUGCCCAAAGUUUUCAUCAUUUUUCUGCCAGCGUCUCGGAUUCUUCUUUAUUUUUCCUCGAUGUCUUCUUGGUGCUAUUCCCAUUUCAAUUUUCUUCACCACUAGUCCCAUUCUUUGUUUUGGUUUCAACUGUUGUCCUUCCGUUUUCAAACAAAAUACUAUCUUAUCCUAUCCUAUCCUAUCCUAUCUAUCUAUCUAUCUAUCUAUCUGAUUCUGUUCAUAUCUAUUCUGAUUCUGUUUAUAUCUAUCUAUCUAUCUAUCUGAUUCUGUUCAUAUCUAUCUAUCUAUCUAUCUAUCUAUCUAUCUAUCUAUCUAUCUAUCUGAUUCUGUUCAUAUCUAUUCUGAUUCUGUUUAUAUCUAUCUAUCUAUCUAUCUAUCUAUCUAUCUAUCUAUCUGAUUCUGUUCAUAUCUAUCUAUCUAUCUAUCUAUCUAUCUAUCUGAUUCUGUUCAUAUCUAUUCAUUCUGUUCAUCUAUCUAUCUGA